AUGAUGCAGAGCACGCGUCGCGGAAGGCACACAGCGAAGCCACCGAAGCCCAGGGCUUUGGCUUUUCCCCUCCGGGCGUUGAUCGAGAGGAUAAAUUCCAACGAAGAUCCACCUUGGGCCAGCUAUCUUAGCGCUGGGGUUGUUCGUGCAGAGCGAUCUGUGCGGCAAGAAGUGGACCGCGUGCAAGAUACUCUGCCGCGUUUGCUCGGCGCGCGAAAGAUAGAAUGCGGGCUGGGAAACCUUAGCAGUGGUGGAUGCUGUGGUGGCAGAGACAUUGUUUUGACCGGUGGCGUUGCUGGCAGCAUUACUGGCGGCAUGACUAGUGGCAUGACGAGUCUGGUUGGACGCGUCUGGGAGUUGUCGCAGGAUUCUAAAGGUUGCCGAGACGUUCAGCUUGCGCUGGAGCAAGCCGGUGAGGAUCUUCGGCGCCUUAUUGUGGCAGAAGUCGCUGGGCAUGUGCUGGAUGCCAUGCGAUGCCCUCAUGCGAAUCAUGUCCUUCAGAAGUGCAUCACCUCGUCCAGGCCUCCAGACUGUCAGUUCAUCAUCGACGAGAUCAUGGCUUGCAACGGUUUUGUGGAACUGGCUGCUCGCCACAAAUACGGCUGCCGCAUAAUUCAGAGGCUGCUAGAACGCUGUUCUACAGCUCAGGUGGAGUGCGUGGCGAACGCCAUCCUGUCUGAUGUUAGUGGGAUUGCACGCCACCCCUACGGCAACUAUGUCUUGCAGAAUUUGCUAGAGCAUGGUACACCAGCUCAUCGUCACAAGCUGGCCGAGGAGCUCAGAAAGGAGAUCGUGCCCAUUUGCCAGGAUUCCUUCGGGAGUGCAGUGGUUGCUGCAGCAUUGUCCCAGCUUUGUAAAGAGGAUGCGAUCUCCCUGGCGCGAGCCAUCGUCCAGGAACAAGGGCUGCUGACGUUCAUGGCCCAUGCACGCCACGGCCAUUCGGCUGUACGUCUUCUUCUCCAGGCCCUGGAUGGGCCCGAUCUGGCCAGAGCCCGCGAGUUGCUGUGCGCAGAGCUGCCGUCCCUCAAAGUCUCCAGGUAUGGCAGGAUCGUCGCCAGCUGGCUUGAUGCAGAGGGCAGAAAGUCUGGUGCAGCCGCCUGCAGGGCCGCCUGA